AGAACGUUCUGUUAUGGCGGUGUUUCUGUUUGAAAGCAAUUUACUUCCAAGGAAUUAAAUCUUUAAAAAUAAUUUUAAAAUAUUCACGAUAAUCAAAAUUACUGGAAAAUGCUUCGUCGAUUCCUAACAAAAAAGGACUCUGACAAGAAUGAUAAUGUAGUGUUGGUGUGAGAGGCCAGCUCUGACCAGUUUGAACAUAAAGCAGAUAGAAUAUUUUGGCCAGAUAUGGCUGGUUUAAAUGCUAAAAGAGUUUAAGCCCAGUCUCUUCACCUGAACAUGAAGCUCUUGAAGCAAUUUCAGACGUUAGCAGUGAAACUGAGGGUUUCAUUUGUCCUCAGUGUAUGAAAACAUUUAAUUCAGCAGAAAUCCUUCAGAACCAUUUCCAAGAACACAAUGUUAUCAAAAGAGAUUAUGCUGAUGGUGGUGAAGGUUUCCUCUGUCCACUUUGCAAAAAACCAUUACCCUCUCAAGAUGCCUUGGAAAAACAUUACAUGUCUGUACAUGAUGGUAAAAUUCCAACAGUGGAAGAAAAGUCACAGAUGGAAGAACUAAAGAAACAGCUAAAAGAUGAGCAAUGGUAUGUCACUGAGUUAAAGAAAGAACUUGAGAAAUACCAGGAGGGAACUGAUGGUGCAAUGCCUUUCACAAAGAAGGAACGAGAAGAAUUUGAAUUUUACCGAGUUCAGAUGAAGUCUUUUGAAGAAAAUCAAAAUGUCAGUGCUAAAGAAUUGCGAGCUAUGGCCACAGACUUAACUGAAACCAAAAAACAACUUGAAGAAGUUAACCAAGUAAAAGCAGGUAUUGAACAAAAGGCAGCAAAGUUGGCAGGUGAUAUUGUAACAGCCAAAGCUUUAGCAGAUGAGGUUUUUGGACAGAAAGCAGCUCUUGAAGAUCACAUUGCUACAUUAAAGCAACAACUUGAAGAUAAAACUCAACAAGUUGAGAAAUUAGAGAAUCAACUCUCUCUAAGACCCGAAGAAGAUGAUGCAACUGUCCUAAAACAAGAACUAAUUUCCGUUCAGACUUUGAUGAACAAAGUAAAUUUAGAACGAGAAAAAGAGAAAGAAGAUCUUGAAAAACUUUACAAUGAUCUUCGUAUAAAGCAUGAAGAGACUCUCAAACAAGUAGGACAUCUUGAAGCUCAAUUAAACUCUUUACCAAAAUCAGCAGAUCUUUCUGAUCUUCAUUCGGAAUUGAAUUCAAAACAGAGUGCAAUUCAUCAACUAGAACUACAAGUAGAGAAGAAAAAUAAUUCGAUUUUAGAAAUCAAGAAUGAGAAAACAAAAUUUGAAGAAGAAUUAAAAUACUACCAGCAGAAACAUGAUGAACACAGUAAAAGUCUGUCUCAGCUAGAGUCAGAAUUAGUAUCUCACAAAAAUCAAUUGGGAGAACUUCAACAAAAACUUGAAGAGAAAGAGGAUGAUUGUACAAAAUUAAAUCUAGAUAAUCAACAAUUAAAAGAAGAUUGUAAAAAAUAUCAAGAUAUGUCUCUGGAGCAUUCCAAUAAAAUCAAUGAGCUACAUUGCCACCUUGAUGGUAAAGCAGGAAAAACAUCAUCUUUAGAACAAUUAUUAGAGGAGAAGGAAACCAAAUUAGUAGAAACUAAUGAACGGAUUGUAAAGUUAGAGAAAACUGUUGAAGAACGGAAUUCAGAAAUUUCUUCACUUCAAACCCAACUGGCAGAAAUGCGUACCGAUAUGCAGGGUCAGUUGCAUAAGAAAGAACAAUCCUUGAAUGAGGUGAAACAACAAACUGACAAGCUUCAAAAUACCUUAGAAACCAGCCAAGUCCAAGUAAAAGAUUUAGAACGAGAACUGGAAAUGAUGAAUCAGCAGUUUGAAGCAAAAGAGAAAUUCAGUGAUGAGCUGAAGGCAGAGGUACGUGAAAAAUCAACCCAACUUCAAGAAAGUUUACGCAAGUUUGCCCUGAAUGAAGAAAAAUUAAAAGAAAUGGAAGAACAAACAGAAAAUUUGCGUAAAGAUAUUCAACGGCUUGAAGUAGAACGAACUGAUUUAAUUAACAAGAUUGAAGCUGGAGAGGGCGCUGAAACUGCCAUCAAUCAACUAAAACAAGAAAAUAAUAAUCUGACUGAAAAAGUAAACAAUUUAGAACAAGAACUUGAUAGAAAAUGUACAGAAUCUACACAAGAAAGUGAAUCGUUGCAUACACAAUUACAAGAGGUAAAAAGUCAACUUGAUGGGAAAAAAGACCAUGUUCAAAAGCUGGAAUCAAACCUUGAAGAGAAAAAUGAAAAAGUAGCCAACCUCCAGCUUCAGCUGCAACAACUUCAAGGUGAACUACAAACUAAGAGUGAACUUCUUCUAGCUAGUGAAACAUCCAGGACCACAGAACGAGUUGAUCUGGAAAAUCAUUUACAGACUAGUCACAAUCUAGUGGAGGAGAAGGUCACUGAAAUUAAUCGACUUAAACAAGAAAUAGAACAGCAAAAAGAAGAACUCAAAGGUAAAACAAGCAAAAAUGAUCAAUUAGAUGAUGCCUUGAAGAAACAGACGAACUUCAACAAUCAGUUAAUAUUGAAGUGUUCAGGAAUAGAACGAGAACUAGAUGAAAAUAAAAAACUACUGGCUCAGAAAGAAGAAACAAUAAGUCAGCUGGAACAGAACGUUGAAGAAAUUACAAAACAUUUUAAGAAAACUUCCUCGCAAUUGAAGCAAACAACAAAAGAAAUGAAUAAAACAAAUGAAGCAAAUAUUAAAGAAAAUAGUUCCUUGAGAGAAAAGCUUGAAAAAUCUGAAGCCAGAAUUGCUACCUUAUCAGCAGAACUGAAUUCCAGUAUAAAUACACUCGAACAGAAAAAUAAAGAUUCUGAAAAUAUUGAAAAGCUCUUUGAUACUACGAAAACAAAUUUAGAAGAAAGCUCAUUGAAAUGUAACAAUUUGGCAAAAACAUUAGAAAAACUUCAGCAAAGUAGUGAGAAGAGUAAUAAAGAAUUGACACAUAGGCUGGAGAAGGCAUUGUCAAUUCAAAAGGAACUGGAGAAACAGAUUUCAGAACUGACUGAGAAACAUAAUGCAACUUGUGAAGACAAAUGUCAAGUAGAGACCCAGUUGGAAGAAGUGAGGAAAAAUCUGGAAAGUAAAGCUGGAGAACUGGAGUCUGAGAAGAAAGCUUUUGAAGACAAAGAGACAAAUUACAAGAGAGUACUCAAAGAAAAAGGUGAUGCAUUCGAAAGUUCAAAACAAGCAUAUGAAGAACAAAUUACCACUUUACAAGCUAAUUUACAAUCACAAACAAAAUUAGUUGAAGAAAAAACAGAAGCUGAAAAAUCAUUAAAUGAGAAGAUUUCCAAUUUUGACAAUAUGAACUCAAGUUUGAAGAAACAAGUUUCUGAACUGAAAAAUACAAAGUCAGCCCUUGAAAAGGAAAAAGAAGAGAAGGGCAAGAACACAGCUGCUAAGAUUGAUUCAUUAGAGAAACAGAUACAUGAGGCAAAUUCACAAAUCGGAGAAUCUGAAAACAAAAUAAAGAUGCUAGAAGAAUCGAAAACUGAUUUGACAUCAAAACUAGACAAAACAAAUACUGAACUAAAACUUGUUGAGACCAAAUCAGCUAAUCUUCAAAAGGACCUGAACAAAUCUGUAGAACAUGAAAAAGAAUUGACAACAUCUUUAGAACAACUAAAUGAGAUACGUACAUCUAUGAACAGCAAAAUGGUUAAAUUAGAUGAAGAAUUGAAAGAGAUGACUAGGAUUAAAGAUGAGCUUGAGCAGGAAACAACACAAUUAAAAUCACAAGUGAGCCAAAUAGAAACUUCUCUGAGUUCAACUGAAAAACAAAGAGAUGAAUUUGCUAAAAACCUUGAGAACACCAGAAAUGUAAUGCAAGAGGAAACUAUUAAGUUAAAGCAAAAUGUGAACACACUACAAGAAGCAAAACAGUUGUUAAUUGAUCAGAAACUCCAGUUGCAGUCAGAAAAGUCAGAAUUAGAGACAACUAUCAGUAAUGUACAAGAAGAACUGAGCAAAGUCAAAGAAAAAUCUGCUUUAUCUCUUACAUCCUUUGAAAAUCAAAAUGCUGAACUUAAAGAACAAUUAAGCUCCAAAGAAAACAGUUACCAGCAGCUUGAGAAAAAAUGUGAAGAAAAUGAAACCCGUUAUGAAAUGCAACUGGCUGUAGUAACUGAGAAUUUGACAACAGUUCGUGGGGAUCUGGUUGUAUCUCAACAAGCUGUGGAGGAACAGACCAAACUCUGUGAUGAGCUUCAAGGACAAAAACUUGAGUUGGAAGCAAAAUUGGCCAACAGCAAUGAUGAAAGGAAAUUACUGCUGGAACGGUGUCUUGCUAGUGAAAAUGAAUGUGAAACACUUCAGGAAAGGAUAUCAGUGGUGACAAGAAGAUUAGAAGAUGCUCAAGCAGCCCUACAGGAACUAGGUAGAGAAAACCAAUCAUUACAGAUUAUGACAACCAAAGUACAGAGUCGAAAAUGGACCGAUGAUAGUCAAGUGACUGAAUGUAUGGGUUGUGCCAAAUAUUUUUCUGUGACUAUUCGGAAACAUCACUGCAGAAACUGUGGCAAUAUUUUCUGUAAUGAAUGUUCCACAAAACAGUCAUCAAUUGUAUCAUCUAAAAAUCCAGUCCGUGUCUGUGAUAAUUGCUACAAGGAACUUCAGGAUGGCAAAUGAUCAAAUCCAUCAGAUUAGCUAUUUUACACUGCAACUCUGGAAUGAUAUGUGUCUUAUCUUUAACUUUCACAAAAAUAUAUUUUCAGUUGUUGAAGAGAUGAAUGAAUUCAAUAAAGACUCUUUACCUUGCAUGAUUUACCAUAAUACUAAAUUAUAGAUGGCUGCUAAUGUUACUUAGUUACAGUAAAGAUAAUCACACAACCUCUUUCAAGUAAAUUCUGUUACAAAAAUUGUUCAUUUAAAAAAUGUAGAUUCAAUCCUGUUGAUCAUUUUUCAUUCAGAUUUUAUUAUUAAGAAGUUUGACAUUUUCUUCAGUAUUACUUUUACAUCUUCCUAGAUGUUUCCAUGUACUCAUGUGAGUCUUAUUUUCCCUCUUCAGUGAUAUAUCUAUUUCAAAGGAAAUUAUAUUUAGUGUGUGUGUGUGUGCGUGCAUGUGGUUUAAUUAAUACAUGCUGCUUAACUUUGACUAAUGAACCUAAUGAGCUAGUCUGAAAGCUAUUCUGAAAGAAUACUUGAGUGAGUGGGUAAAGCACCACACUAUUUUGGUUGAGGGAAAGAUAUAGGAGAUUAACCUGAUAUCAAAAGAUAACUUGUACAUUUAACAUACAAUGUAAUUUCCCCAGGAUUUGACUUCAGAAAAUAGAUGCAUGCAAUUACUAUACCAUAAUGCAUCUAGACAAUUAUUGUAUCUUCUGUGCCAAUAUCAUUGUCUUCUUUCUAGAAUAACAAUGUUAAAUACUUGUUAUCAAUGUUUCAACUAUGUAGUUUAAGUGCUAAGUUUUCGUGCCAAAAAUCCUGAGUGCAAACUAUAAUAUUUUGACUUUUAACCCUUUCAUAGAUAUAUUUUUACUGAACAGACUGCCUGUAUGUUUCAGUUAAUUCUCUGUAUAAUCAAGUUUUUGGAAGGACUUAAAAAAAUAUCUAAAUUUAUAGAUAUACUAGUGUUGACUAACUGAAAUCUUACAAUGUUAUUCAUGUUGUGAUGAGAUUGUGAGUGAGAUUUCAAUUUAAAUAGAAAUACUUUAGUAAGGGCAGUCUCAAGUGGGUUUGUAUUAAAAGGUUUAAACUCUUCAAGUCUGUUCAGAGUUAUGCAACUGUAAAAUUUAGAACUUCCACCACAUUUACAUUUAUGUAAGUGAUGUUAAGCAAGACACAUAAUUCUGUCUCUGUUUACCAAACUGUAAACUGAAAUACUACUGCUAAUUCACACUUGUAUGUUUAACGUUAAAUAAGACACAGGACUCUGCUAUUUACUGUUUAUAGAGGAAUUGUUGAUGUUAGUAAAGACACCUGACCAUAAUUUCCCUUCUUUGACUUCUCAUGCAAUUGUCCAGACUUACAGUACCAGCCAACAAGAGGUGGCACUUUUUUUAAAAUAGUGAAAUUUUAUUUUCUAUUUGUUCACAUUAACUUUUGAAAAUAAAAAUAUAAUUUUGUUUUAUUUUUUUUAACGCAACCACUUUAUCAGAAUUCUGGAAAGAUAUUGAUGAAAUUGAUCUCCAAAAAUCUGUAUAAAAGAAUAAAACUGUCUUUCAAUAAAAGCGAAACUGUCAUAAAUUUAUAAACAUUUUACAUGUAUAAAAGAUAUAAAUACUAUUGAGAUAAAACCUUAUCAAAAUGCUUAAAUUUUCAUAA